AUGAAGGAAAAAUCUAAAAAUGCUGCCCGGACUCGACGGGAAAAGGAAAACAGUGAAUUUUAUGAACUGGCCAAGCUGCUGCCUCUCCCGUCAGCCAUCACCUCUCAGCUGGAUAAAGCCUCGAUUAUCCGACUAACAACCAGCUACCUGAAAAUGAGAAUUGUCUUUCCUGAAGGCCUCGGGGAGUCCUGGGGUCAUGUGAGCCGCAGCAGCAGCUCUCUGGACGGAGUCGCUCACGAGUUAGGCUCCCACCUCUUACAGACGUUGGACGGCUUCAUUUUUGUGGUUGCUCCAGAUGGGAAAAUAAUGUACAUAUCUGAAACAGCAUCGGUCCAUUUGGGGCUGUCACAGGUAGAGCUGACGGGAAACAGCAUUUAUGAGUACAUCCAUCCAGCAGAUCAUGAUGAAAUGACAGCGGUCCUAACUGCUCAUCAGCCUUAUCAUUCGCACUUUGUUCAAGAAUAUGAAAUGGAGCGCUCCUUCUUUCUGAGGAUGAAAUGUGUCCUUGCCAAAAGAAACGCUGGUCUGACCUGUGGAGGCUACAAGGUGAUCCACUGCAGCGGCUACCUGAAGAUCCGUCAGUACAGCCUGGAUAUGUCUCCCUUUGACGGCUGCUACCAGAACGUGGGCCUGGUGGCUGUGGGCCACUCGCUGCCGCCCAGCGCCGUCACCGAGAUCAAACUGCACAGCAACAUGUUCAUGUUCAGAGCCAGCCUGGACAUGAAGCUCAUCUUCCUCGACUCACGGGUUGCCGAGCUGACAGGCUAUGAGCCUCAGGAUCUCAUCGAGAAAACACUCUAUCAUCACGUCCACAGCUGCGAUUCCUUCCACCUGCGAUGCGCUCAUCACUUGUUGCUGGUGAAAGGACAGGUCACCACAAAGUAUUACCGUUUUUUGGCCAAGCACGGUGGCUGGGUCUGGGUCCAGAGUUACGCCACCAUCGUGCACAACAGCCGCUCAUCCCGACCUCAUUGCAUCGUCAGUGUCAACUAUGUUCUCACGGAGACGGAGUAUAAAGGCCUCCAGCUCUCUCUGGACCAGGCCACAUCCAAGGCCUCUUUCCCCUACACUAGCACCACAUCCAGCAGCCUGACGGAGAGCCGCAGGACGCCCAAAAGCCGAGUUUCCCGGCCCAAGACCAAAGCUAGACUAUCCCCGUAUACACAGUAUGCUGGUUUCCAGACAGAGCGUUCGGAGUCGGACCAGGACAGCCCUUGGGGAGGCAGCCCCCUCACUGACUCAGCCUCCCCUCAGCUGCUGGAGCAGAGUGAAGGCAUGGACGCCUCCUGUGUCUACAGGCAGUUCCCUGAGCCCCACCCACUCUGCUACAGCCUGUCUGAAGAGCAGCACCAUACCACUAGUGAUGGCCAAACUCAUCUCCACACACACACUCAUGGUCACAGCUGUGAGCGGGGGCGAUGCGAGGCAGGAAGGUAUUUCCUAGGAGCACCCCCGCCCGGCAGGGACGCAUGGUGGGGCACUGCCCGUGCCAUACUGCCUUUGAGCAAGGGCUCCAUAGAGAACCGUGAAGGCUAUGACAGCAGCAUGGCCCAUAUCACAGCCAUCCACAACAUACAUGGCCGAGGUCACUGGGAUGAGGACAGUGUGGUCAGCUCUCCCGAUGGAGGCUCUGCCAGUGACUCAGGGGAUCGGUAUCGAGCUGACCACUACCGGUCUAGCCCGCAGGAACCUAGCAAGAUUGAAACACUGAUCCGGGCCACCCAGCAGAUGAUCAAGGAGGAAGAAAACCGGCUUCAGCUACGCAAGGUCACUCCUGACCCUCCCCUCGGGCCAGCUAAUGGACUGCCCAAGGGUCCUGGUCCCUGCUUCACUCCAGAGUACACACAGGGGCCACUGCAAAGUGUGGUGUGUCGGGGUUUGAGUCAGGUGAUCAGCCCUGCAGCCAGCCCUGCCCCCCUAUCCAGACUUAGCAGUCCAGGAUCUGAGCGUCUCCAUAAGCCCAAAGACUACCUCCAGACAGACCUGUCCCCUCUCUCUUUGCCUUUACACCACCCUCUGAGUCGCCCAGGUCACUGCUCUGCAUCACCCACCCCAGCCCCAGCACUCUACCCCUCACACCCCCACCCACGGCCCUACUUGGACAAGCAUACUGCCUACUCCCUGACAGGCUAUGCCCUGGAGCACCUGUAUGACCCAGAGAACCUCCGGGGCUACUGCACCUCAGCCACCACUGGCCCCACCCAUUACGAUAUGACUCCCCACCUCCGCAUGCCGAUGGAGCAGACCCCUGGACACAAAGGCACCUCUGUCAUCAUCACCAAUGGCAGCUAACGCCUAUAAAACCCACACAAAGCCUGAGCUCGCUCAUCCCCUUAAAGGGAUAGUUU